AUGAGUAGAGUAUUGCCUGCAUCUGUACGUCAUUUUGUGUCUCCACCGAGAACGUCUUAAAAUCCCAGGGAGACUACUGUUAUUCCUAUUCAGGAAACGAUUGUGCCUAUGCAACCAGUCACUUCAGAAUAUAUCGUAAGAGAAUAGAAGGGUUCAGUAAGACAAGAGUAACCAAGGACUCAAAUAAAGACAUAAGUAAUUGUUAAAGAAGCAGAUCAUACUUUUUGUGAAUAGAGGAUUGCCGAACAGUAAAAGGAGAUAGAUUUAUGGCGCAAGAAAUAUCUGGAGCUUUAAGCUGAGCUGGAUCGUAACACUUCAUACGAAGAGACUAUCUAACAAUUAUAAGAUAGAGUUGAAAUUUUAAUUGGAGAGAAUAAGAAAUUGAAUCAAUCGCUGAAACAGAAGAUAGGUGAUUUGGAUUAAGCUAGAAUAUCAAUAAACGAAUUGGAAUAACAUAUUAGGACUCAAAAAAAUUAGAAUGAAGAAAUCCAAAGAUUACAAAAGCAGUUGGAUCAAUCAAAAAAAUAAGUUAAUGAAUGGAAAAAUCGUUUUGUUACUAUAGAAAAAUAGAUAAGCACCAUCACUAACACAGAUAUGAAGACCUCUGAAUUGGAAUAGAAGAUCAGUAAAUUGUAAUAGGAUUUGAGUAAUUGGAAGGAGAGAUGCUUGAGAGCUGAAAAGGAAAAAAAAGAUUUGGAAGAUUGUAAAUAAUAAUGA